AUGAGCGCAUACGGAUCCGGCAAAUCUAGCGACACUGAUUUUCGACGCAAAUGGGACAGGGCUGAAUAUAUAGAGCGUGCCAAACAGCGUGAGGCAAAGGAUCGAUUGGCUGAGAAGAAUGAAGAACGACGACGCAUGGGUCUACCACCGAUCCGAGAAAAGAAAGACAACAAUGAGCAAUUGGAAUCGCUCAAGAUGCGUGACGACAGGAUCGACUUUGACUCCAACAUUGGCAAGAUACAAGUUGUACAAGGUGGUGCGUCAGGCGAGGCUUCACGGCAACCUGGAUUUUAUUGUAAAGCUUGUGACAUCGUCGUCAAGGAUAGUGCCAAUUAUCUCGAUCACAUCAAUGGAAGAAAGCAUCAACGGAACGUCGGUGUGCAAAUGAAAGUGGAGCGUUCGUCUGUUGACUCUGUCAAGGACCGAUUAGCCAUGCUCAAGCGCAAAAAAGAGGAACCUGAGGAAGAAUAUGACUUAGACCAGCGCAUUGCUGCACUCAAGCAACAAGAAGAAGAGGAGCGACAAAAACGAAGGGAAAGGAAACGACAAAAGAAGGAGGCAAAGAAAAAGAAGCAUGACAAGGAAGAGGAGCCUAAUGCAGAAGAAGAUGACAUGGCAAAGCUUAUGGGUUUCUCUGGAUUUGGUUCUACAAAGGCUGAAUAA